AGGGAGAAGAAAGAAUAGAGGAUUAGGAUACUUAUUUUGAGUGUCCUACCCAAUUUUCUUUCAUAUUUCUCUUCUCCUUCUCCCUCUUUUCCCAAUCCAAUCUUCUUCUUGUUACAUAAUUUUCCAUUAUCAUAACUUUUGAUCGUUGAUAAUGCACAAAAACUCUUGAGAAGGAGAGUUUUCGUCGUCUUUUAGACAUUUUUACAUAGGAAACUUUCUUAGAAUAAAGAGUUCUUUCGUGUUGCAUGCACAUCCCUCUCGUCUUCUAUUUCAGAAGUUGAGAGGGGAGAAUUGAAGUUGAAGUGAAAUAAAAGCAUCAAAGGUGGCUCUAAUUCGAGUAGCCCUUAUAGUUCUAAUGGCCCCCAGCAAGCUACGGAAAGCCAUAGGGGCCAUGAAGGACCAGACCAGCAUCCACCUCGCCAAAGUCUCCGGCAACGACGACUCCGUCGCCGACUUAGAAGUCGCCAUCGUCAAAGCCACCAGCCACGAGGACUUCCCGGCGGAUGAGCGGCACGUGCGCGAGAUCCUCACCCUCACGUGCCACUCGCCCGCGCACGUGGCUGCUUGCGUCAGCGCCAUCUCGAGGCGUCUGAGCAAGACGCGCGACUGGGUGGUGGCGCUGAAGGCGCUCAUGCUCAUCCACCGCCUCCUCACCCACGGCGACUUGGCGUACGAGCAGGAGGUUUUCUUCGCCACGCGCCGCGGCACGCGCCUCCUCAACAUGUCGGACUUCCGCGACGGCGGCGCGUCGCGGUCGGAGUCGUGGGAUUUCUCGGCGUUCGUGAGGACGUACGCGCUUUACCUGGACGAGCAGCUGGAGUUCCGGAUGCAGAUGCGGCGGAGCAGGAAGGUGGAGCGCAACGAUUAUUAUGAGGAGGAGGAAGAGGAGGCGGCGGCGGCCACUCCGGCGAGAGUGCCGACGCCGGUGAAAGAGCUUAAGAAUGAGCUCGUCUAUUCCAGAAUUCAUCACUACGCCCACAUUCUAGACCGCUUCUUAGCCUGCAAACCAACAGGUGGUGCUCGGAGCAGCAGAAUGGUGCUGGUAGCGCUGUACCCAGUAGUGAAGGAGAGCUUCGUAAUCUACUUUGACAUGGCAGAGCUAAUGGGGAUCUUGAUUGACAGAUUCAUGGAGCUUACCAUUCCAGACUCUAUCAAAGUCCACGAGAUUUUCUGCAAGGUGGCUAAGCAGUUCGAAGAGCUACAGAUGUUCUACAACUGGUGUAAAGCCACCGGAAUCGCUCGCUCCUCCGAGUACCCCGACGUCGAAAAUUACCCGCAGAAGAAGCUCCAUCUCAUGGAAGAUCUUAUCCGGGAGAAAUCGGAAGAGAGAUGGAUGAAGCGCGACGAAGCGCCGGAGAAAAUGGAGGAGCCGGAGGUGGAGGUGGAGGUGGAGAUGGAAGUGGAGCCGGAAGAACAGGAUAUGAAUGAGAUAAAAGCGCUGCCGCCUUCCGAGGAUUUCUUUAACCCGAGGGAGGAGGUUGAGCCGGAGAAGAAGGGACAGGACAUCGGAGAUCUGUUGAACUUGGGGGAGGAUGCGCCGACGGCGGAAGAGCACGCGAAUCAGUUGGCAUUGGCUUUGUUCCAAGGCGGCUCUACGGCGGCGGAAACAACCACCGCUUCACCGUGGGAGGCGUUUAGUGAUUCCGGGGACUGGGAAACCGCCCUGGUCCAAUCCGCCAGCCACCUCUCAAACCAGACGGCGCAAUUCUCCGGCGGCUUCGACAUGUUACUCCUCGACGGAAUGUACCAUCAGGGAACGAUCAACCACGCCGUCGCCUCCUCCGGCGCCACCGGCAGCUCUAGCAGCGUGGCCUUCGGGUCCGCCGGACGCCCAGCAAUGCUGGCUCUGCCGGCACCGCCUGCACCGACCUCCGGCACAGCCUACACAGCUCAGGGAAUGGACCCUUUCGCCGCCUCGCUCUCCAUUCCGCCGCCGGCGUACGUGCAGAUGUCGGAGAUAGAGAGGAAACAGAGACUUUUAAUGGAAGAACAGCUGAUGUGGCAUCAAUAUACCAGAGAUGGAAUGCAAGGGCAGGCAGGUUUUGCCAAUGUUCAUCAACCAAAUCUUUAUCCUUACACAAGAACCUACUAAAACAACAGCACUUUGGUAGUGGCUGCAAAGUUUCCAUCGUCACUCCAAAAAAAAAAAAAAACAUACUAUAUAUAUAUAUAUAUAUAUAA